UAACACAAAACAUAUGCUUGUACCUGUUCUUCACAUACAUUUGUGGGUUCAACAUAGACGUGAGAAAUACAGUUUACUUGUCAGAAUAGUAGUUGCAUAGUUAUUUACAGUUGUGGGUUUAAAUGUGAAGAGCUUUACACACGCACGCACUCCCAUUAUGCAUGUUUCUGUGGCCUGUAGAUUCACUUCUGAUAGCUGUUGUGGUUUUCCUGUGAACAGUUUCUGCUACUUGGUCAACGUCUGCAGUCACACACUCAGGUAUCUGCUUUAACAGCUUCAUCAUGGCUGGACGCCUGUUGUUCAUCAUCCUCAUGUGUUCCUUUCAUAAGAUUCAAGUACAAGGUCAAAGACCAGAGUUGAGCGGUCAUCAUACUGAAGAUGAUUAUAUCUUCACUUGUUCUCUGCCUGCAUCUGUGGAACAUGAUACAACAUGUUACCUGUACUGUGGAGAAGAGAGUCGUCCAGUAGUAACAGCUAAAACCUGGAAGACAAGGAGCUCAAAAACCAACCAGCUGUUCUGUCUGUUUACUGUUCAGACUAAUGAUUUGUAGAGGCAUCUAUGCUCAGUUCAACAAAAGGAUGUCAGCUGUGAUUACAGACUGGAAUAUGAAGUCAACUCAACUCUGUCUCUGGCUCCUCGUAGUGAUAGAUACAACCUGAGAGACUUUUUCCAAAACGAAUCAAAUGGAAGACGAUGUGUGACCACAAUGACCACAGGAAGUUCAGCUGUUAACAUGUCAAGAGACACCACUCCUACCACCUCUGACAACGAGAUAUCAGGAUCAGUUACUUCCAGUCUCCGCCCUACAACUAGUGUGACCACUGCUGCUGAAAUAACUGCAGACUUCACACCAGAAGACAACAACAUUCCUGAAAGGUCAAAAUGGGAACUGCUAGUAGUUGUGUCUUGUCUUGGAGCAGCUGUGGUUGUGAUCUUAGGGGUACUGGUACUUCUUGGAACCAAAAGAAGAAGAGAUGAUGGAAAGUAUUUGGCUGGCUUUGAUGAAACCUACAGUAUUGUCACCUAUGAGUUCACAAAUGUUUCUGCUACUUGGUCAACGUCUGCAGUCACACACUCAGGUAUCUGCUUUAACAGCUUCAUCAUGGCUGGACGCCUGUUGUUCAUCAUCCUCAUGUGUUCCUUUCAUAAGAUUCAAGUACAAGGUCAAAGACCUGAUUUGAGCGUUCAACAUACUGAAGAUGUUUAUAUCUUCACUUGUUCUCUACCUGCGUCUGUGGAAAAUAAUACAACAUGUAACCUGUACUUUGGAGAAGAGAGUCGUCCAGUAGUAACAGCUAAAACCUGGAAGACAAGGAGCUCAAAAACCAACCAGUUGUUCUGUCUGUUGACUAUUAAGACUUAUGAUUUGUGGAGACAUCUAUGCUCAGUUCAACAAAAGGAGGCCAGCUGUGAUUACAAACUGGAAUAUGAAGUCAACUCAACUCUGUCUCUGGCUCCUCAUAGUGAUAGAUACAACCUGAGUGACUUUUUCCAAAAAGAAUCAAAUGAAAGACGACGUGUGACCACGAUGACCACAGGAAGAUCAGCUGUUAACAUGUCAAGAGACACCACUCCUCCCAAACUCUGACAAUGAGAUAUCAGACUCGACUGCUUCAA